CCUACUUUUUCCACUUCCGCAAAGUACUACAUUACCCAUCAUGCACCUCUGGUAUUUCCCCACGGCCAGUCAGUCAGGUCUCGGGAUGAAGUGUUUCCCUUCUUCAUGCUCGCAGAAUAACCAGCAGCACACGGGUUGGAUCACUUGUCCGUGGACAUUAACUCAGUAGCAUGUUGACCGAGGUGCUGGUUGCUCUGCUGGUUGGAGGGCUGCUCUACUUCCUGGUCCAGAGGAGCAGGACCCAGGUCCUGAGGACAGAGGACGGCUGGUGGGGGGCCGGCGCCCCCCCUGAUGGAGGGGAGGACAUCACCAUUCGUCCCUUUACAGUCAGCACCAGUGCUGAGGAGCUGGAGGACCUGUACAGGAGGAUAGACCAGACUCGGCCUGUCCCCUCUCUGGAGGACAGCCACUUCACCUACGGCUUCAACUCCCAGUGCCUGCACACGGUGCUGUCUUACUGGAGAAAUGGCUUCGACUGGAGGAGACAGGUGGACAGACUCAACCAGUACCCGCACUUCAAAACCACCAUCGAAGGCAUUGAUAUCCACUACCUGCAUGUGAAGCCCAAGACAGUACCAGAGGGAUCCACCGCUCUUCCUCUGAUCAUGGUGCACGGCUGGCCCGGCUCCUUCUAUGAGUUCUAUGGGUUGAUCCCUCUGCUAACAGAACCAUCAGACCCAAGCCACCUUGUGUUUGAGGUGGUGUGUCCCUCCAUACCAGGCUACGGUUUUUCAGAAGCGCCACAUAAGAAAGGCUUUGAUUCCGUGUGUGCCGCACACAUCUUCCACAAGCUGAUGAAGCGUCUGGGCUUCCAGCAAUUCUACGCUCAUGGAGGAGACUGGGGCUGGCUGGUCACCACCAACAUGGCUCAGCUGGAGCCCAGGAGCGUCAGAGGCUUGCAUGUGAACUUUGCCCCGCCCUCCAAUCCGGGGCUGCCCAUAACCCUGUCCAUCAUGCUGGGCCGUCGCUUCCCCAAGCUGUUUGGCUUCACUGACUUGGACAUUGAGCGUCUCUUCCCCUGCAUGGAGAAACUGGUGGUGGAGUCCAUCAAAGAGUCUGGCUACAUGCACAUCCAGGCCACCAAGCCUGACACCGUGGGUCGAGGACUGAAUGAUUCCCCAGCGGGUCUGGCUGCCUACAUCUUGGAGAAGUUCUCCACAUGGACGAGCCGCGACUUUAGGGACCUGGAGGACGGAGGACUCACCAGGAAGUUCUCCCUGGAUGACCUGCUGACUAACGUGAUGAUCUACUGGACGUCUGGCUGCAUCGUCUCCUCCAUGAGGUUCUACAAGGAGAACUUUGGCAAAGGCCUUUACGCGCCUCACUCUAAGAUCCCUGUGGACGUCCCCACUGGCUUCGCCUGCUUCCCCAACGAGCUGAUGCACACUCCCAAACUGUGGCUUAAACAGAAAUACCGCAACCUGGUGGCCUUCACGCCUAUGGCCCGCGGCGGCCAUUUUGCCGCCAUGGAGGAGCCCCAGCUGAUGGCCGAGGACAUCCAGAACUUUACCAAGAUAGUGGAGAAGCACCGGGCUGUGUAGUGAUGCAAUAAUAUGACAGCUAAGAUUAGAAACCUGUGCUCACUGACCAAUGACACACCUGCCAUGCUGUCUUAAUACCCAUAAGGCAGUAGGUGAGUCAAAGCUUCAAAACAAGAGCACUUAUUGAAAUAAAAAUAAAAUCUAUUUCUCUAAUCUAUGACAUGACCCAAAGUAUAUGGGCCAAAUUAUUAAAUCUGAAGGACACGGUGAAUGAAUGAAGGUGCUGAUGAUAUAGUUAUGCUGCGUUAAUACGAGACGAUGUGUGAAACUUUAACAGUGAAAGAAGCUAAACGGACAGAGCAAAAGGUGAAUUGAUUGGAUUAGUUGUCACAAUGGGCGGGUUAUUAUUAGUUCAGUGCUAUUCAAGUUCUGCAGAAAAGCACUAUAGCAGGUGUUGCUGUGGUUUGGAGGAGGAGCUGUGCUGGGGGUCCCUAACACUUCCACAGCUACACGAGACGAGCACUGAUGCCUCCCUCAGAACUCUCCUACAACUUCCUCAGCCUUGUAGUAUUAGUAUGACACAGUUUACUCGGCAGCUGCAGAUGGGAGGUCAGGGGCCACCUGGUGGUAUUGUGUUGAAAGCCUGGACAAGGUGCCAGACAUUCCUCUCACUGAUAACACGGAGCCUCAGACCUCUAAGUUAGGCUGGAUUUCUUACAACUCAUUCCUCGUCUUUAAUGUAAAACACAGCUGUUUUUGAUUUUGCAUUCACUUUACAUCCUCUCUCUUUGAUUGACUUUGAUUUGCUUCAAAUACUACAAUUCACACUGCUUACUUUGUUGAUGUACCAACUGUGAAAAUAAAGAGUUAAUCAC